GCCUCUGAUCCGACAUUUUUUUUUCCCUCUCUUCCCCCUCCUCCACAGUGACCCGCCCGCCUUCUCCUCCGGUCCUUCGUCUCCGCUCGCUCCUCCGCGCUCAGACGUAGCGGCGAAGUUCUGAUCCAACUGCGGCUUUUGGGAGAAAUUCGAGAGAAAUGGAGUCAAUGACCCAGUCCGCCCAGAUAUCCUCGUCGCAAGGUUUUGCCGAUGGACAAAAUUCUGCUGCCAAGGAAUCAAAGCUGUCCGAUUCCUUUCUUUCCACUUCGCCUGUAUCUCUCAUUCAGUCUCCUCAAGACAAGAAAGUGAUUGUGGGCACUGACAAGUCCUCUGAAAGUGUAACCACAUCUCUACGCUUUCCGUCUCAACCUGGUUCCUUCUCUGCUAGUAAUUAUGGGAGUGAAGCAGGAGCAGCAGAAGGGCAACCGGGUUCUCCAAUAAAGACGUCUCCUGUUUCAGAGCGGAUAAAAGCUCUUGAAGCUCUUGCUGCCAAAAAGAGAGAGCCUGAAUAUAGAGAUGGAAGUUUCCAUCACUUUAGGGACCGCCAUCACGAAAAGUCUUCCUCCGAUGUCCCAAAACUUCCCCCCAGUGUCAUAAAGCCUCCCAUUGACAUUCCAAAACCAUCUGUUAAUAUUCCCAAACCUUCUGCUGAUAAGUCCCAACCUCCCACUGACAUUCCAAAGCUUUCUUUUGAUACCCCCAAACCUACCAUGGAUAUUUCAAAACCUCCCACUGACAUUCCAAAACUUCCUGCAGAUGGUCCAGUUUGUUCCACUGAAAAGAUUGUACCAGGAGGUUUGAAAAUGGAAGGUUCUCCUGUAGAGGAGUCACCAGAGUCUCCAUUUGAAGUGCUUGGAGAUUUGAGACAAGGCAGUGAAUAUGAAGAAACUGCAGAGUGGAUGAAGGCUCAUUUACCUCCAGUGCUGGACAUUGACGCUGCCGAAUCAAAUAAAAGCACCAGCAGUGUCCCACAGAAAGAUCCUGACAUCGGUUUUCCUGAGGAUCCCGCUGCAUUUGCUAGUGUCCCUGAUGCAUUCAUGGACUCGCCUGUCGAGUCUCCAAAACUGAGGAAUGAAUUGAUUGAAUCACAGAAACGAUCUGAGUCGGAGGAAGAGUUUGACAUUAGCUUUUUACCUGUAGCCUAUGUGUGGGAUCAGCAAGAAAAAGCAGGUUCAUCAAAUCUCGAGUCUAAGACUCCAUCUUCAGAUGCAGCUCCUGCAGGCUUGGGUUCCCCAUCUCCCUCUGUGCCUCCUUCUGAUUGUCAUUCUGAGGCUGAACAGAAUGUUGAUCAUGAAAAGGAAGCCUCUUGGGGGGAAGAUUUGGAUCGUCCAGUUGUAAGUGAAGCAGAUAGCUCAGGAGAAUCAGAGGAUACAGUCAUUGAAGAAGGUGGCUCUGCUCUCCCACAGUCUGUGAAUCCACCAGAUUUAAAUGAUCCCCCCACAGCCCCUGAUCUUUCCACCAGUGAAAAGGUAGUCCCUCCACCAAAGUCUGAAAGGAAACUUAUGCAAGUUCCAACAAUAAACGUUAUUGAGACUGAUGAGCCAAAUUACAGUGAUGAAGAGAUCGAAAAUGAACCUCAAUUGACAGAAGAGGAGGACUUCAAGAUUGUGAAUGACUCCAGCAAUCAAAGAGCAUCAGAACCAGAACCACAAAGCCAAGAUGUGGGACCACCCAAAACACGACCCUUGGAAACUGAAUUUAUGGAAGGCUAUUCGCCUCCAUCCUCACCUGUUGACUCUGAUGUUGAAUAUUCCCCCAAGCAUAAAAUCCUUGAAUCUAUUUCUGAGGUGGACUAUCAGCAGCCUUUGUUUACAUCUGAAGUUCAAACUGAUACUGAACAAGCGGAGAAGUCACAGAUGAUGCCAAACAGAGUGCAAAACACAGUCAUGCAUGAUGACGUUGAUUUCCCCGACAAUAAUGAUGAAUGGUCAGAUGAAGGUCAGGACAAUGACCUAAAGCUUAGAGAGGAAAGUCUCUCAUCGCAGGGAUCGGCUUUUCUCAACCAAUUAAAAGUGGAUGAACAAAGCAGUGCAGCAGGACCAGAGCCUCGCAAGGAAAGUGCUGUUUCUGUGACCGGCUUCAUGCAGGAUGAUAUUUAUGACAGACAGUCGUUUGACUAUGAAAAUGAUGAGCCAUCACCCUUGGAUUGCAGUGAUGGUAAAGAGUUUAAUAAAGCUAAAAAGCAGGUUAUUUUGGAUCCUGCACAAGAUAUCGAAGAAGAAAUACCAGACCUGGAGAGUGACGCUUCAUUUAACGACGAUGAAGUCCUCAAUAAUCCUGCUGAUCAGACAUCUCUGGAUGAGUAUCCUCAAAACCCCUAUUCCUGCUUUCACCAUCAGACACUAAGCAAUGAAAAGAACAUGGGAAGUAUUGACAAACUCCCAUCUCUGCAACAAGGUUCAGAAGUUCAGCUCGAUUCGGGCUCGUAUGUUGAUGUUAAAGACAACGAGAGCGUUUCCAACAAACUUGACGGCGAAUCUUCAUUUUCUGAACCACCAAACAGUUUUGUGGAGUUCAUGAGAGAAUGCCUGAAAUCGAGACAAGACGAGGAACCUGAGGAAGGGCUGCGUUCUAUUUCUUCAGAAAAUCAGCUCAGCAAAACGAUUUUGCCUACUUCCCAAUCACCUCCCAGAAUUAUGAUGGAUCUCGAUCAAGAACGCAUCACUGUCAGUGCUCUCAAAGAGCUGGGCAGCAGUCAGGAUGAGAUGCAGCUGAACCUGCAGACAGAGGUUCCAGAUCAGCGGGACGGUGAUGGCAGUGCUACAUCUGCACACUUGUCUUCCUUCACCACAGCUCCUCCCUCUGCCUGCUCACAGAGUGACUUCGACAACUCCCUCUCCAAAGAGGUGGAGACGGUUGAUGAAUGGAUGGCUGAAGCCUACUAUCUAGCAGAGCAUGUCUUGACAGCAAUACUAACCCACUUAUCAGUAAAAGACCUGAUCCACUGGCGAGACCCCAAGAAGUCGGGGGUGGUGUUCGGACUGUCCAUGCUGAUGCUGCUGUCGUUGGCAGCUUUCAGCGUCAUCAGUGUGGUGUCUUACCUGCUGCUCGCCCUGCUCAUCGUCACCAUCUCCUUCCGCAUCUACAAGUCUGUUGUUCAGGCCGUGCAGAAGUCAAAUGAGGGACACCCCUUCAAGAUGCUGAUAGAUAAGGAUGUCAGCAUCCCUCCCGAGACGUUCCGUAAGCACGUGGACGCCAGCCUGACCUACAUCAACCGAGGCCUGAAGCAGAUGAGCCGCCUCUUCCUGGUCGAGGAUCUCGUUGACUCCUUAAAGCUGGCUGUGGUCAUGUGGCUGCUGACCUAUGUGGGAGCAGUUUUCAAUGGAAUCACCCUCCUCAUCCUGGCUGAUAUCUUGCUGUUCGCUGUGCCUCCCAUCUACGAGAAGAACAAGACCCAGAUUGAUCAGUACAUCGAUGUUGCUCGUACUCAAGUCAAUGCUACAGUUGCAAAGUUGCAAGAGAAACUCCCCGGAGCUGUGAAACGAAGCAAAGCAGAAUAAAGUCACAGCGCAGACCUUCAUCUCACAGUCAUCGACCUUCCUCCACCCUCUCCAGUUCCUUCAUCACCUUAUCCGACCUAACCCCCCAAUCAACGAUCACCACCCCACCACACUGAACUUUGCUAGGUAGAAAAUCUCAGAAGCUACUCGAUGUUCAACAUAAACUACUGCGCAGCUAAACCUGCAGAAGUGACAGAGCUGUGGGUGUGAAGCCGCCGGCCAGGACCCUGUGUGACGCUGCUGCAGGUCCUGCCCCGGUGGGAUGGAGGCGGGGUCCAACUAGACCCAAUCUCUGGCCUGUUUGAUGGAUCACUCAAAACGACGUGGAGCAUGAGGGGAGGGGGCGUGUCUGAGGCUUUCCUGGAUCGCUGUGGGGACGGACAGGAGCAGCUGAGCGGCUUUGCUCUCACUAAUUGGCAUCUUUACACUGAACGUCUUUUAAGGAGUUUGAAAUAAAAGGUUUUGAACACUGAGCCAGCUGUGAUGAUUGGGUCUAGUUCGUCCUCGUCUGUUGGGUUUGUGAUGUACAUACACCUGGAGGUGACGUGUUCUCUGCUCUCCUGCACUCAUCAGCCUUGCUUGCUAAAAGGACAGUUCCCGUACUGACAGCAGUCCAGGCCGUGUUUGGACCGCCGUGUUGAAGUCUUGCAUUUUGAUGACUCUUCUUACUCCUUAUAACCAAUAUUAUUUAUAGGCUGUCUGCUUGAUAACAGCUUUUGUUCUAGUUCUGCUGCGUUACUGAGGGUUAGGUCUCACUGAUGUGCAAAAAUCACUGGAAUCCUUCAUUCUGUCAACUUUCAAAUUGGCUCCAGGUUCCUAAAUGUAAAAAAGUCUUUAAAUGAAGAAAAUCAUUGAAAAAAAAAUCCUCAAACUAAACUUGUAGAAAUCCUGUACAUUUUGCUCAGUUUCCACUCCAAACUAAAGCUCUAAGUUGAAGUACUUUUAGAAGCUAGUUUAAGUGUGGCUCAUUAGCUGGAGUUUUUUGUUCUUAGAGGUUUUCUUGGUUGGCUGCCAUGAAGUGCAUGUCAUAGUAUAAGUUCAAGAUGGUUUCACCCCUUCUAUAGGUUUACGAUGUUCUCGACUCUCGUUUAUUAGGAUUGCUUCUUUAAUGGGUGGAGUGGUAUUACUGCUGCAUGUCCCUGAGCGCUGUGGCCAGCAGGAGGCAGUCAGGAGUCCACUGCGUGAGGCCGCUCUGGACCGCUCUGGACGUUCCUGCAGCGCCUUGAUGUUGUUUGAGGAGUCAUAUGCGACGGUGCAGCUGACAGUUAUUUAUUUGAAUGUGAAGGUUGCAUAUUGUAGCUUGAAAAGUUCCCAUAGUUUCUCUUGUUUUUAGGUCGUCUCUGUCCACCGUUAGAGCUGCACUUAUCCUCGCCCCCUUGAAUCAGCUCAGAAGAUGGUCCCUCAAAGUACUCUGGGAAAUGCAGUUAUUUAGAUCCCUACUGGAAGUGUUGUUCUGGCUUUUCUGGUGUAAUCGAGUCCAUUUUUUCCCACUGGUAGGUUUUUGGUUGUGUCCUCUGAGCUAAAAUGAGUCCAACUUUCAUUCAAAUGUCCCAAACCCUUCUCACUAAUGGCAUGACGUUAGGCUUUCUUUCUGUUGAGGUUUGCUGCAGAGCGUGUCCCGUUGUCCUGAUCUGUGGAUGUUCACUAACUGCAGCUGUUGUUUUUUGCGUCUGCUGUAAUGGAUUUUAGUUUUUGAAGCCUUCAGAGAGAUGUUGCAGGAACAUAAGUGAAACAUGUUUGUGGUCUCUGUACUGAUGUCAAAGUGAAAUGAAUAAACAUGAUUCAAAGCUUUG